UUUUCACUGCACCUUCUCUCUCUCUCACUCUCUCUCUCACUCUCUCUCACUCUCUCACUCUCUCUCAACUCAGCUACACACACAAACCCAUUUUGGCAGAGGGAAGACCUUCGCUGCAGCUAGAGAUGGCAGAGGGAAGAGGGUCCACUCUGGUCCACCUUUUGGUCGUCGUGUUGAGUUUGGUUGCGUUUGGCUUCGCCAUUGCCGCAGAGAGAAGACGAAGCGUCGGAACCAUGUUCAAAAUUGAGAAAACAAAUGAAACAUAUUGCAGCUACAGUUCAGAUGUUGCGACUGGUUAUGGAGUGGGUGCUUUCCUGUUUCUUCUUUCAGGUGAAUCACUGCUAAUGGGAGUGACAAAGUGCAUGUGCUUUGGGAGGCCCUUAACACCUGGUGGAAAUAGAGCGUGGUCCAUUAUAUAUUUUCUUUCCUCUUGGAUUACUUUUCUGGUGGCAGAAGCGUGUUUGAUAGCAGGUGCAACCAAGAAUGCCUACCAUACCAAAUACCGUGGAAUGAUUCUUGCUCAGAACUUCUCGUGUGAAGCCUUGCGAAAAGGUGUUUUUGUUGCUGGCGCAGUUUUCAUUGUUGCAACCAUGAUUCUGAACGUAUACUACUACAUGUACUUCACAAAGGCAACUACCACACCAGUUUCUCACAAGGCAAAUCGGGUGAGCUCAACAGUUGGAAUGGCAGGAUAUGCAUGAUAACAAAUUUAGUCUUAAUUUCAAUGGAUGUCUCGAUGAUUAUCACUAAAACGGUGGUUUUCAUUUGGUUUUUCCUAGUUAAUCGAUGUUUAUAAUGUUCAUGUGGAUGUUACUGGUCAGAAGCAAGCUAUAUAUAUUAUAAUUAGGUAAAGAGGGUCUCAUCAUGUUGGUUUUCAGAUAAACUUGAUAUUCAAAGUGUGUAAAAUGUUUUUGAGGCUAUCUUUCCCUCUAAAUGGAACUGGAAUUUUUGAAAGCCA